AUGUAUACUCAAACACAAAACUUAACAGGAUAUAAAGGAAAAGCAAAGGAAAAGGGAGCUGACUCUCAUGCUGAACCAAAGAAGAGAUAUCACCAUCCAGAUAUCGACACUGACCAAUUUUUAGUACCUCCAGAAAGUGCUUACAAGAUUAAGAAGGAUGGAGAUAAACAUACUGGUGGAGAAAAGAAGAGAGAUUUGUGGAUAUAA